GGAGGAACUGAGUGAAUUUACGAGCUGUCAGAUUUACCCAGAUGCAGGAUCAUGAGGGCUAAAUGCUUCUCACGUGAUUUGGGAUAAUAAACCCUGGAGCUCACCUGUGUUCACCUGUACAGAUUUAUACUGAUCUCACCUGAACCUGGAGACCUGAUCCUACACCAGCACUUCAGCACAGUAAACGAUCAUGAGCAGCUCGCUGACUGAACCAGCAGCAGAUCAUCACUGAGGUCUGAGGGUUUCCAUCUAGUUUCCGUUCCUCCUCGUACCAUGGGCACCACCCUGAGUGAACCCUGCAUUUACGACAAGCUCUCCGAGAGCAUCGACAUCCUGCGCCAGUCCGGUUACAGGUACGGCAUGUCCGAGAGAGAGAUCGAGAAAUUCAUCAAGCAAGUUCUGGAGACCAACGAGCCUCGGAGGGACCCCGCCCAGUUCCCUGUUCUACGUGCCACUGUUAAGAUUGUUUUGGCGGUCGGUGUGUUUCUGGUGCUGGUUUUGGCGUUCACGUAUCCUCAGAGUUUUUCUCAGUCUGGAUCGGUCAGUACAGGAGAUCAGAACAACUGGUCGUCACCACUGAGCCACAUCCGCCUGCUCUCGCUGCCCAUCGCCAAAAAAUACAACCUGCACAGCUUCCAUGCAUGGUGGAGUGUAUUCGGUGGCUCUCACACGAUGCUGAACUGUUCAGGAUGUGCUGGUGUAUCUUCAGUGCAGGAGCUCGCCACACUGAACACCCUGUCUGUACCUACAGGAACACGACCUGUCCUACUGAAGGGUGGAGAGUCGCUGUGUUUACAGCGGCAGCAGUUGGAGGAGCUUUACUCCACACACUCCACCUCCAUGAGUCUCCUGAUGGAGGAGGAUCAGGAGGAGAUCUCAGACGUGGGGUCGCAGGAGAAGGUUUUUCCUCAGGGCCCAGCCAACUUCAGCCUCCUCUGGAGGUUCGACUCAGGUUCCAGGAGGCAGGCGUUCCGUUCUCUCCUCCCUAAUGCGCUGCACAGCCCCCUGCUGGAGAGUGUGGGGAGUACACUGCAGAGCUGCACGGUGACCCACAGCACCGGCUCUCAGAGCAGAGGUGCGCGGGUUUCAGGCUGGGUGUUGGUGGGUGAUGGCUCUCCGACAGUGCGUGUGUUACCUCUCCAGCGCUGCCAAACACACUGUAGCUCCUUCAACCUCUGGCUCGAACCAGGAGAUCUGGUGUACGCAGACGGGCGCUACUGGCAGCUGGAACUGUUCCCUGGACGAGGAGAGAACGUGGUGUGUGAGGGAUCUGCUCUCUGAGGAACCGUUCAGAGGGUCUGGACCUGAUCUGUGCAGCGUCUGAUCUUCUGCUGCUUUCAGUUUGGCUUUAAAUUUGGUGUCCAGAUGUGAUUUGCUAGAUGGACGAUGUGAUUACAGCCCUGAUCAGCUGCUGGACUGAAGGUUUGGAUCCAGCGAGAGGUUCCGUCAGUUCUGUUCUGGUUGAAGUGAGAGCGUGUGAACAGAAACAUUAAUAAUGACUUGAGUGUGUGAUGAUAAUCACUUCUACAAUAUAUCACGACAUUAUAACGUUUGACCUGUAUGGUAAAUAUUGUGGUAAAUGGUAGAAACGAUUAUCAGCACUCAGUUAUAAUUCAUGUAAAUGACGUAAACACUUCAGUCCUUCUGAUUUAGAGAAGAUUUGGUUUUGAUUCCACGUCCACGUGCCACUGCUGAUCUGGACUUAGCUGCUAUUGUUUCUCUAACCUGAAACAUCUCAGCUUCUUCAAAACGAGCACAGAGAACAUCAGCAUCUUCAUCAUCAUCAUCACCUUCAUCAUCAUCAUCACCUUCAUCAUCAUCAAUCUGAUCAUCAAUCUUAAUCUACUUCUUAAUCUUAAUCUACUUCAUGACCUCCAUCAGCAUCAGGUACUAAAUCACUUUAGUUUUUGUAAUUUAGUUGAUUACUGGUGUAAAUAUUCACUUUACACACACACACACACACACACACACAAUGUUCUCUUGUUUUAAACCUGAAGAUCACGUCUUUAUAAUCAUAAACAAUUUGUUUCUUACUAUAAAAAGUAUUUAUACUCCACACAGUAUCAUCAGUAACCUGAAAAAGCAUUGAAGCAUCUAUAGAAAGCAAUAAUUCACCUUCAGGCUUCAUUCUGACCCUCUUCACCUGGUUAAACCAUCAUUAAUCCCCCGAGGUUCUGAGGGUUCCUGUGAUGGACUCAAAAUUCUCCUCAAAUCUCUAAUAGCACUGAGGUCAGGAGAUGGAGUUCUUGUUUUUGAAACUAAAUGGAAUUCUCCUCUGUGUCCUGAUACUUUUGCUCCAGCAGCUCAGUGGGAUCAUAUGGAUAUGAGAGUUUUGUUCUGAUUGGUCAAAAUGCUGCUGUGCUGAUUUUAGCAUUUCUGUGCUUCUGUUUAACUGGAGGAGUUUAGCGUGGUCUGUAGGAACGGAGAUGAUUGUAGAACAAACCUCAUUUUCUUUUUUACAUUUUAAAUUUAAUUAGGGAGGGAAAAGCAUACAAAACCAGCUGUGUUUUAUCUGAAUAAAAAUUAUAAUGAUCUCUGAUUAUUAAUUAAAAUAGAAGGUUAAUCAGACACAAGCUGCAACUCUAAUAAUCCACCAGCAGGUGGCAGCAAACCAGCGUGAGAUUGGUGCCCUCUGCAAACUAGUACUGUUUCAACUUUUACAUACCCAGUUCCCCCUGCAUCGUGUGCACAUGCAGCACAAGUUCAGAAGUGUGGAGUAAAUUAUUUAGCAGGAACACACUUAACCUUUUCUACUGUGGGAUCUCUCAUCCGUACACCUCAGUAUUAGUUCUGCAUUUUAUUCUUCAAGUUACAAAAACUCGAUAAGCCAGAAAUAAAAGAAUCACCACUUUACAUUUAUGCUUUUUUAUUUUCACUAUGUUGUAAUUGUACAGUACAGUUUGGCUCAGAUUUAAAGGUAAAUUAUGUUAGUGUUUAUUAUUUAAAGGAAUAAUCAGAUCCUGCUGAUAUGUAAUUGUUUAUUUUGGUAAGAAUUUGAUUGUAAAUGGUUAUAAUGAAGGUUUUCUUUAAUAAAGCAAAGCUGCUGUUUAUAAAGAUAAA